AUGAUUCACAAACAGCUCCCUGAAAUGGUGUUGCUGCUGUUGGCUUCUUCCACUGUCUUCUCCCUAGAACCGAAAUCGAUUCUCUUCCAAUCAAGAAUGAAGAGAGAAAGCUUGCACCUACUGAAAACUUUGCCAAUCUCGUCGGUCUACCAGUGUCUGGCUCACAGGAAAAAUUUCCAGCUUCCUUGGCAGUCUGUGAGUCGUCACCAGUACCAAAAGGGACAUGUACUGGCUGUUCUGCACGAGCUCCUUCAGCAGAUCUUCAGCCUCUUCCAGGCACAUGUUUCUCGGGGCAUUUGGGAGGAAAACCAUAUAGAGAGAGUCUUAGGUGCACUUCACCAACAGCUGGAAUACGUGGAGUUGCUAGCUGGACUAAAAGCAGAGUCGAAGAGUGGCGGCCUGAGUGCGCAGAGCCUUAGGCUACAGAUUAAAUCAUACUUCAGGAGGAUCCACGACUACUUGGAAAAUCAGAGGUACAGCAGCUGUGCCUGGAUCGUUGUCCAGGUAGAAAUCAACCGCUGUAUGUUCUUUGUGUUCAGGCUAACCGCAUGGCUGAACAAACAAGAAACAGACCCUUGA